AUGUGGUCGCAUAUCAAGGCGCAAAAGCGACAAGGUAAAGCCAGACCUAUGGAUCGAUGGGAACUCAAAUACGGCCUUGGGAAGGCGCUUGAGAGUAUCCCAGACUCAAGCUCAUUCGCGAUCUUCAAGUCACUACAAGAUGCGCCCAAUCCCGGCUUGGUAAUUGAAAGACUCGGAUCUAUUGGAUUGCCACUUUCAGUUCGCGAUGAGGAGGCAAUCAUUUAUCUUGCCUCCGGCACAAAUGUGUUUGAGAAUCCAGCUUCUGCCUAUCAAUUGCAGAAUCCAGCCUGGACAGAAUUGCUCAACACCAUUCUGCCUGAAAUCAAGACUGGGUUGCGCCUGGAUCCACAGUGCAUUAUCGAAGCUGAGCUUUCCAAGCUUACUCUCUACCUGGAAGGAAGUGCUUCGGAGCCAAAUAAAGCGCUCAAGGGACCCAACGUGUUUGGAACACUCCGCAUUGCACUUCCUACGCAUCACGAAGGUGGAGAGAUCCAAGUCACACAUGGCAGUCAAAUCAAAAACUUCAAGGUUUCGGAAGAUUCAGCAUUUGGCUGUUCGCACAUGACUUGGUAUUCCACCGCCAUCGAACAAAUGAAGCCGCUGACUGCCGGACGACGACUAGUCCUUACAAAUAUGCCGCAAAGUCUGGCACACGUACUGAUGCAUGAUUAUGGCGAUGGGGCCAUAAGCAGCAACGUUCUAGAACGCGAAGAUGUCGACAUAGUGACGUACCUCAGAGACGCAUGCGCGAGGACUGGAACACGUCUAUACUUGGGGCAAGUCGAGCACAAUGUUGUCGGCCACAGCGUACCAUCAGAUCACGAAGAAGAGUACAAUUCGGAGAGCGAAGAGAUGGUCUCUGAAGAAUAUCAUAUCAUAGAGGAUAAGAUUGAAUCGGAUUCGACUAUCAAGGCAGUUUUCGACACUUCCGGUGCGACAAUCGCCCAUGACGUGGGCUACGAUGAGGAGGACUUCAUUCUGAGUGAUCCUUUAGGCGAUUACGAGCCAGAUGAAGAAGUCGAUUACGGAGAAGAUUGUAUCGUCAAGCACACUUACCGACGGCUUAUUCUCAUUCUAUUGCCCAACGAUCAACGUACGGCGUUCUUCUUCCAGAACGACAAAACAUUGACGGCUGGUGAUCAGCUUAAUUGGUUCAGCAUUCUCACGAAGGAGCACAAGACGGGCAAACCUGCAAUCGCUCUACAAGAUCUAGAGGCUCUCUGUACUCAAGCAUUAGCGAUGGAGACUUUGCUCAUCUCGAGAUCUCAAGCAUCCUCAUUUGGGUCGACCAUGCUCAGAAUGAUUAUCACAAAUUCAUCAAGUGGCUGUGACGUAACGACGCGAGGAGCGGCCCCUCAAUUGAUGCUUUUCAACGGUCUCUCUUCUCCAUAUCACUUGUCUCGUUCUUUAUUGCUUCGAUGCUUGCGAAAACUCUCAGUCAUCCGGAAGACGUUGUAUCUCCAGACCACGAAUCUCCUGCUCGGCGAAUCUGUCGACAGGACCAAUUACCUUAAAAUGUCGGGUACUUCACAUUGGUUCGACGAGGGAUGGUGA